GCCACGACCGUGUCCCUCUUUUUCCGGGGAAAAUUCAAGCUAAAGUUCUCUGAUCCGAGGUCGCGGACGCUUCAUAGCCGGUCCCAAAUCCAUACCAUCCCUUCUCCCGGCGGCAGACGCUUUCUAGGGCUUCAGAGUAGAGCUUAUAGGUGCGUUAGCGAUGGCGAUGGUGGCUCUCAGAAGAGAGGGGAGGCGCUUCCUCCUCUCCCCCAUGUCCCCAAAUCCCGCUACCGCCGCUCGAUCCGCGAUCCUUUCGGAAGAGUUCAACCCAUCAGGCACUCGAUCCAUUUCAACUCAAGUAGUCAGAAACAGGAUGAAAAGUGUUAAGAAUAUCCAAAAGAUUACAAAGGCAAUGAAAAUGGUGGCAGCAUCAAAGCUACGAGCUGUUCAAAUCAGAACUGAGAAUUCACGUGGACUGUGGCAACCUUUUACUGCACUUCUUGGGGAUGUCCCUAGCGUUGAUGUGAAGAAGAAUGUUAUUGUGACUAUCACCUCUGACAAAGGUCUUUGUGGGGGCAUCAAUUCUACAUCGGUCAAAAUCAGCAAGUCUCUUUACAAAUUUACUUCUGGUCCUGAAAAAGAAACAAAAUAUGUUAUAUUGGGAGAAAAAGGGAAGGUUCAGAUGGUGCGUGAUUCAAAGAACAGCAUUGAGAUGUCCAUAACUGAGUUGCAGAAGAAUCCACUAAAUUACACUCAGGUUUCUGUUCUUGCUGAUGAUAUUUUAAAGAAUGUCGAGUAUGAUGCUUUGAGAAUCAUUUUCAACAAGUUCCAUUCUGUCGUCUCUUUUAUUCCGACAGUUUCAACCAUACUAUCUCCUGAGGUUGUAGAGAGAGAGUCAGAAUCAGGUGGUAAACUUGGUAAUUUGGAUUCAUAUGAAAUAGAAGGGGGUGAAACAAAAGCUGAAGUGCUUCAGAAUCUGGCAGAGUUCCAGUUCUCUUGUGUUCUGUUCAAUGCUGCCCUGGAAAAUGCAUGCAGUGAAUUAGGAGCAAGGAUGUCAGCCAUGGAUAGCUCCAGCAGAAAUGCUGGUGAAAUGCUUGACCGCCUCACGCUCACUUACAAUAGGACCCGUCAAGCAUCAAUUACCACAGAGCUGAUCGAGAUCAUAUCAGGAGCAUCAGCACUCACUGGCUAGACCUGAGAUCAAAAAAUUUUUCUUUCUUCCAUUCAUGUGCUUUCUGAUGUUUCGUAAGGACUGUUUUUUGUGUCAACGUUUUGCAAUAAUUGCCCGAGGUAUAACUAAUGUUAUGGGAGUAACAGGUCCCUCUUGUUUUUAAUUGACUUGUUUAAAUUGGAUCAUCUAUUUCCUUGCUUUCUGCAAUUAUUCC